UGAGCUCAAAUAGGAUGGACGUGCCAAUCUGAUCGAUUACAACAAAUUAAAGUUCUGAUUCAUUUACAUAUUGAUUUUGCCAAAAAGCAUUUCUAAAUAAUUAUAUUUUUUAUUUGAAUUCUAUAAAUCUCAACACAACCAUUCGAGUGUUAUUGGAAAAGCAAAACUUAAAAUAUUAAUCAGUUCUUCUUAUCACUUAGCUAAAUGUGUAAACUUUUCAUAUAUAAACAGUGAAAUUCAAAAGCAGUUGUAUUCAAAUCAUUAUUAGAAUCUUUAAAUAUGUACAUACGUACAUACAUAUAUGUUUACAUAUAUAUGCAUUCGUUUGUUAAGUGCACUCUGUAAAAUAUAAAAUAUUAAUUCAAUUAUAUAAUAAUAUUACACUCGUAGCUUGUAAUAAUAAUAACAAAAAAAUUGUAUUGACAAUAACAUAUACGUAACUCCUACGCGCAAAUAAUAUUUAAAAUUAUUAAUCUGUUCAAACGCUUAAAUUUCAUUGUAAAAUUUAAAAAAUAAACAAAUAAUAACCAAAAUGUCUAUAAAACAUUUAAGUGUUGUAAUAUUUAUUGCCAUCAAUAUAUUUUGUCGUACGAUAUUUGUCGGUGGUUUCGUUCAAUUUAAGUUUGAUCCCAUAGUUAUAAGUAAAUUUGAGUUUGAUACUAUUAAUUCGAUAACUCCACACGAAUGGUUGGAUUUUGCAAAGCGUGGCUGUGAAUCGAAUGAACAAGAAAAAAGUUUGGAAACAAAUCUUGUUGCAUCAAAUGUUGUGGUUCAAAAUGGCACAAUAUCUCACAGUCAGCUUUUAGACACUCUGCCAAGUGUUGAAGCGCAAAAAGAUAGCGAAGUAGCAGAUGAAAUUUUGAAAGCCAGUUUAUAUAUUUACAAUUCGAAAUGUGCUCCGCAAAGUAUUUCUGGAGAGCAUUGUGAAACUAUAUUGAGUGAUAUUGAUCUUCCGAAGGACAGUGAACUAGCACACAAAUGUCAAAGCAUCGUAAAUGGUCGAAAUAAUGGAGACUAUGCAUUAAGGCGUCUGUUGCCGCGCCAUUAUAAGGACGGUUUUUAUAAGAUGUUCUCGGAUAUUUUGCCACAACCGCUUGCAAUAAGCCAUGCACUUGGAGGAAAUCCAACGAAAGAGAAAAGGGAGUUUUUGGACGACUUCCAGAGAAAUCUAGCUGUAGUCCAAUGGUCACAAUUUGUGGCUAAUGAUUUGAAUAAACCUGUGGUCACAACAAUGAGUAAUGGAUCUCCAAUUGAAUGUUGUAAUAUACAAAAUUAUAAACUAUCGCCUCGUUAUCAUCACCCUGCAUGCGAGCCACUGAUAAGUAAGGAUAAUGCAAAUCGUUAUGGCCCUGACACCUGCUUAAAUUAUGUACGUAGCGCUUUGGCAGUGGGACAUAGGUGUACAUUUGCAGCUCCAGAACAGUUAAAUCAAGGUACUGCUAAACUGGAUUUAUCGCAAUUAUAUGGUUUUAACGAAAAGUCUCAAAAUCGCAUGCGGUUGAAACAAAAAGGACUUCUUAAAUCCACCAGCUUAGGAAAAUCGCAAGAUUCAUUAUUACCAAUGGCUGAAGAAGACACAAAUUGGUUUUGCGCACUGAUCCCAGACGGUGGCUCAAAUUCAACUUGUUUUAUGGCUGGUGAUUCACGUGUUAACAGCGAUCCUUUUGCCAUUAUAAUUCAUACCAUUAUGAUGCGUAAUCACAAUCGAAUUGCCAAAGAGUUAAAUAUCCAACAUCCAGAUUGGAAUGAUGAUCAAUUGUUUCAAAAGGCUAAAUCCAUUAAUAUUGAUAUUUAUCAUCGAAUUGUUAUUGAUGAAUGGUUGCCAGUUGUUUUGGGUACUUCGAUGACCAACGAAAUAAAAAUGAUUAAAAGCAGAUCUGUAAAUAAUGAAUCGCUACAUCAAAUAUCUAAUGAAUAUGCCAUAGCUGCAUCAAGAUUCUACCUUUCGAUGAUGCCAAACGAACUCCGUAACUAUGCCAUGGAUACGGGAUCUGAAUAUUCAAAGGAUGAGAGUUCAAAUAAAAUUGAUACGAAUAUCUUCAUUCUGAAAGACGAAAUUUAUUCUCCAAGCAUUGAAUACACAUCCAAUAAACUGGACCAAAUUUUAUAUUCCGUAUUAAUGCAACAGGCUAUGAAAUUGGAUGCAAGUUAUGUUGAAAGUUUGUCUUCUGAUUUGGCGAACAAUAAACGACCUACACAUUCCGAUCUCUUAGCGUUUGAUAUACAGCGUGGUCGAGAUCAUGGACUACAACCAUAUUUUAAAUAUUUGGAAAUAUGCAAUAAUGUUAAAAUAAAUAAUUGGAAAGACUUACAAACAUUUAUAAAGCCAGAGGACUUGUCUAAAUUAAAAAAUGCAUAUUCGAACUGGCGCGAUAUCGAUUUGAUUGUUGGCGGUAUUUCAGAAAUGUCUGCAAGGAAUGCGACAGUAGGACCAACAUUUCAGUGCAUCAUUGGUGAACAGUUUUCAAAAUUGAAACAAUGGCAUCAAAGUGAAAUCGACCAAACUGAUUUGGAUUUAUCCAAAUGGAAAACUACAUCAGCUGCUGAUCUACUUUGUCUUAAUUCAAACCUGCAACGAGUGCCUUUAAAUAUUUUCAAGAUAUCAUCAAAAACAAAUCCAUUGGUUGAAUGUUCGGAGCACUUAAAAUCAAAAUAAAUCUUCAAUAAAUUUGAGGGAUUUAUGAAAUUGCUGAUCUAUUUCUUUAAAUUUAAUAUUACUAUAUAUAUAUAUUGUUACUAUAUUACCAGAAUUUGAUUUUCAAUAAAUGAAAUUUAAAUUAUGUAUCGUCCCCUCAAUAAAACAAUAGUGUAUCAGCAUAUAUACCAUUAUUUUUUGAUUGCAUAAUAAUUCAAAAUUUGGUGAAAUUCUUCUUCCACAAAGUGGGUCAAAAGAUCAAUUGAAAUAUAACUUUUGUUCUAGAUGUCUACUAACACUAAAAAAUGGCAAAAAAAAUUAUACACUAUUGUUUUAUUAAGGGGACGAUAUAUCGUCAGCUGAAAUGCAAACGGACGUAUGUACACAAAAAUUCAAAAUCGAGUUUUUGAUUGAUUAUGGUUCUUUUUAUCAACUACAUGAUCACGCGAUCAAAAAUUGGUUAAAGAAAUUCAAAAGGACGUUUGACUUUAUUGAUUGUAUUUUUGUUUUGAUGCUCCUGUAAAAAAAAUAAAAGUUUAGUUACGUUCGUUUGCAUUUAGGGUGACGAUAUAUUUAUAGACAUUAUAAAUAUUUUACAACAGCACUACAACAA